AUGGCACAAAGCUCUUUUCCGGGGACUAACCCCUUCCUCGACACCAGUGCGAAAGAGAAAAACCCCAACAUUCAAAAAAUCGAGGAGGAGGAAGAAUUCGAAGUGACGUCACCAACCGACGUGACAUUCAAACAGGCCAACACCGGUGGCUCGGCCAUCUUUGGAGGAAGUGCAUUCGCAGAGGGCGGCUCAGCGCCCGGAACCAGCGCCGGGGCGUCAUUGUUUGGCCGCAGUCCCUUUGAUUCGGGGCCUCGAGGCGGGGCAGAUGGUCACGACGACGAGCAACCCGCCGCGCUCCCGACGGGUACAGCGCAUCACGGGUUCCCCAACAACUAUGCGCUGGGUCGACGAACUUCGGUGUCGGCAGAGUCAUUGAACCCCACGUCCGCGGGAUCGGAUAGUUGGACACCUCCGCAUCACCCCAAGACUGAGGAUCAGUUGGAACGCUUGAAGACUGCGGUCAGCAACAAUUUCCUGUUCUCUCACCUAGACGACGACCAGUUCAAGACUGUUUUGGAUGCCCUGGUCGAGAAACCCAUCCCGGCGAAAGAUAUCAAGGUGAUCUCCCAGGGUGAUGCGGGUGACUACUUCUACAUUGUCGAGAAGGGUCACUUUGAUAUCUACAUCCACCCAUCGGGCUCCGUGCAGCCAGGACCCGAUGGUUUGGGCAACAAAGUGGCUUCCACCGGACCCGGGGGUUCCUUUGGUGAAUUGGCCCUCAUGUACAAUGCCCCGCGUGCCGCGACAGUGAUUUCCACCGAUGCCAAGAGCACUCUCUGGGCUCUGGACCGCAUCACCUUCCGACGCAUCCUCAUGGACUCGGCUUUCCAGCGGCGCCGCAUGUACGAGGCAUUCCUAGAAGAAGUCCCUCUUCUUUCCUCGCUCAAGCCGUACGAGCGGGCCAAGAUUGCCGACGCUCUAGAGCCUAUCAAGUACCCAGCCGAGGCCACCAUCAUCAACGAGGGUGACCCUGGCGAUGCUUUCUAUCUCCUGGAAUCUGGUGAAGCCGAGGCCUUUAAGAAUGGCGUUUCGGUGAAGAACUACAACCGUGGUGAUUACUUUGGUGAAUUGGCCCUGCUCGAUGAUAAGCCUCGGGCGGCCAGCAUCGUCACCAAAACUGACGUCAAAGUUGCCCGGUUGGGCCGGGAUGGAUUCAAGCGACUGCUGGGGCCAGUGGAGGAUAUCAUGCGUCGGACGAACUACCAGUUGGAUGCAGCCAAUUCCCCCGUGUCCAAAUGA